AUGGAUUCCUAUGAGAGGGUUCGUACCUGGCUUGAAAAUGCGGAAGAUGGGGAAAACGUAAGCGAUCCUCACGAUCAAAUUGAGCGCCAAAAUAUAGAUGAUGAGGACGUGGACGAUGAUCAGCUUCCCGAGCUCUCAACCUACCGCCGUGCUCUUCCUCAGUCCUCAGCGUAUCGAUGGCUCGUGCAAACCUUGCUAAGGGAGCGCGACUUGACGGUUCCUGGAAACAGCAACACAAUGGUUUCGAUGAGGGAUCAGAUUAUCGAUGCCUUUGGCCGGCCCAAACGUGUCAGUCGUAAAGAUCUCCAGGAGGUAAAAGCAGUCUUUUUCAGCAACUGGGACCCCUUUACCUUCUGGAAAGAUCAACAAUACGAAUCGCCACUUAAAGAUGUCCUCGCACGCGCCGUGACUCUCACAGGAUACGGUAACAACGUGGAAGCUGUUACCUGCCUCCAGUAUCUUCGCCAGACAUGGCCCGAGACAGGGCCCGCACUAUUGGGCCUUAUUCAGAGUGGGAUAGAUAGAAGGAGCGGAAGCUGCUGGGAUGUCGCGGAAAUUGGUGAACAGGUCGCGUGGCUUGGGGCAGCUCUCCGCUCGUCUUCUCUUGACGACGGAUCCCAGUACUGCACCCCAUACGUUUCCAACGUUUCCUCGGAAAGCAACUUGAUACCAAUGGGCGGUAGGCAGCUCGGCCAGAAUGCCCUUGCAGCAUUCAAGCUUGGGUACCGUUUUGAAGAUCUGUCUAGCACAGAACUACUUGCCCAAGGCAGAUGCUGGAAUGGAUUGUUCAGGAAUCCCACGAUUGUCCCCGGCUACCCUAUACCAAGGCGACAGGAGUCGGAAUCAGGCCUCGAUGUCCCAGUGGAUAUUGUCGCUGCUCUGAUAAAUGCGAAGCGGCUUGUUAAGUUCGGAGGAACGAUGUACCUGAAAGGCUUCUCAGCACUCUUGGUGGUCACGAAGAUGGCUGUGGACACGGUGUUUUGGCAUCUUGUAUACAAUGAUGACAGAUCUUACAUAUCCUACCAGGACCCCAGGGUGCCUCGUUGGCCAGAGUCGGCAGAGGGUCCAACCCCGGACGUUCUGGAGAAGAGGCGACAUGUUGUUGGGUGGUGUGACAAGAUUAUCAGCUUUGCGGGUGCUUUAGGUGCCAAUUACUCGAUUGGCUGGUCCGGGCUCCCAGGUCCUACACAAAGUUGUGCUUUCGAAAAAGUCACCAUAAGUGGUGGCUCUAUAGUGACUGCCGGUGUCAGUUGCAUCUUGGGUCUCAAGGACAAGCCACGAUAUAUCAGCUUCGGAGACGACUAUCCUGGAAUCCUUCGCAACGUGGCCGAUAGGUACUUUGUGUUCUAUGACCGAGAUGACCGACGGGCUUGGCUGGUUGAUGGUGCCAGCACCAUCCUGCAUCUCCUACGCGCCUCUAUUCAGAAUUAUGAAGAUGACCCUCGAUUCCGAAGCAUUCUCUGCUCGGAGAAAACUAUCCUAAAGGAAGCAAAAGCCAGCAGCAUGGGAGCUGUACCUGCCUGCGAGGUGCUCCUAGACGUUGAGAACCAAAGCAUCCCCCUGUACCCUAAGAAAACAGAGGCAUGGAAGGAGAACACUCUCACGCCAUUGACAGAGCCAGACCCCAUAGUGAAGAAAAAGACAACAUAUUUUUGCGUUAGGGAUCGCGUCGAACAACUAUGCUACCAUCUGUUGGAAAUCGCCGCCCACCAAGACGACUCUCAGACUCGAUCGGGCGUUGGGUUCCGCUUGCUGCAGACGCCUCGCCGCCAGCUUGAAGGGUUUGACUUCAUGGAUAUUGCGACCAACCAAGGCACCAUAUGGCCCAAAGUUGCGACCCUUCACACUACCGGUGAAGGCUGGGUGGAUUUUUCUCGCGCCAUCCAUGCUCCAACGCUUUUCGGGUCCGGCUUCGGCGACUUAUUCAUUCCAGCUGUUAUGACAUCCUCGUCCGCCUCACCAUCAUGUCCCUUCUGCCUAUGGAACUCUCCCCUUCCGACUGGGAAGGACUACCUCGCGCGGGAUUGGCACGAGCCAAGAUUCAGGGGGUUCGAUUCCGCAUACACCUUGCCGGGGAGGUUCAGCAUCUCCAUCGAGAAGCGGAGGUGGUUUGAGAAAUAA